CCUUAAUAUAAGUAACACAGAAUGAAUUGUAAUUUCAUAAAUAUUUACCAUUUACUGCGCCUCCCUUUUAAAAAAAAAAAAAAAAUUUUAGAAAUUUUCACUUUCAUUACGACAUAUCAACAUCUACAAAGGAUUAUAUUAUGACUCUUCAGAACACAUAUUGUGAAAAAUGUGUGGAAAUGAAUAUACCAAUAUUUUAAUUCAAGAAAUGCAAUUAAAAAUUGAUUCUUUCGAUGAUACAGUAUUUGAAUGGAUACCAUAUAAUCGAUUUAAUGAUAUAAAAGAGUUAGAAACAGACAAAGACGAUUUUGUUAAAGUAUUUUCGGCAGUAUGGAUGGAUGGUCCAUUACUUUAUUGCAAAAAUGAAUGUGAAUAUAAAAGAAGCUGUCAGAAUAAAAAAGUUACAUUGAAAUGUUUGUAUAAUUCACAGAAUAUCAUUAAUGAGGUUAAAGCAUAUUCUAUCAAAAAAGACGACUUUUUGAUUUACGAAAUAUAUGAAAUAUAUGGAUUAUCCCAAAUUCCAGAUACAGAAAUUUAUAUUCUAGUUCUUCAAUGCGUGUGUUGUGAAAGAUGUGAGGAACGAUAUACAAAUGCGUAUAAUGAAUCAUGUAGGUGGUGUAAACCAUGUCAAAUCAAUGAUUUAAAAAAUAACUUUAUGAACUGGACCAGUGGGAAUGAAAAUAUUGAUAAUUUAAUUCAAGAAAUGCAAUUAACAAUUGAUACUAGUAGUGAUGAGAUAUUUGAAUGGAUACCAUACAGUCAGUUUAACAACAUCAAAGAAAUAAGUAAAAAUAGUAAUUCUGCUACAAUUUAUUCCGCAUUAUGGAAAGAUGGUCCAUUACAUUGGGAUGAAAAUCAAUAUAGAAGAUAUCAGAAUAAGGAAGUUGCCUUAAAAUAUUUAUGUGGUUCACAAAACUUCACUAAUGAAUUUUUAAAUGAGGUAUGAAAUUUCUGAUUUUCCUUCAACAUUCAAUAGAUAUGUUUAUACUAAUAUAAUACUUUUUUUAUAUGAUUUCU